AUGUCUGGAAACGGUACUUUUACCGUUGAUAAUUCCAAGAUUCGGAACUCGCUGAAUACCAUCACGCUUAUCACGAGGGAGAAAAGAGAUGUUUACUCCAUCGAAGUGAUCGCGAACAAGGACGGCACCAAGACUGUCAUCUCCUACCGCUACAAUGAUGACAACAAGAAAGUGAAGGUCACUCGCCGAAUUAAGACCACUAUUGUCCGCGAACACGUCAACCCCCAGGUCGCCGAACGCCGCAAAUGGGACAAAUUCGGUCUCGAGAAGGGCCACCCCGCCGGUCCCACGUUCGAUACCACUUCCGUCGGCGAGAACAUCGUCUUCCGUCCCAGCGUCAACUGGAAGGCCAACGCUAAGGAGGCUGAGAAGGAGGGUGGCGAGAAGGGCAGCAUGAAGGACCAGCUGAAGGACAAGAAGGUCAAGUGUCGUAUUUGCAGUGGAGAGCAUUUCACGGCCCGCUGUCCCUUCAAGGAUACCAUGGCCCCCGUCGAGGAGGGCACUGCUGCUCCUGGUGGCGCCGAGGCAGAGGACGAUGCGGGUGGUCUCGGUGCUGGAAAGUCCAGCUACGUUCCUCCUCACUGCGGAAGGGCGGUGCUGGUGGCGGCGAGAAGAUGGGUGGUCGCUUCGAGAAGGACGAUUUGGCGACUCUGA